AUGGCGUCGAAACGAGCAGCCCGGCUCCUCAAUGGUCAGCUCCAAUCCCUCAGCAAACCCCAGUUGACCGCCCAACAAGCCUGCAAAGCCCAAAGACAAAGCAGCAGUGCAACGAACGCCAUUGCAUACAAGGCCCUCCACCGGCGCAUCUCCCCCCUCCCAACAACCCCCUCCACCUCCGCAAUCUCCCCAGCAGCAGCCGUCUCUUCCAUCCUCUACGAAACGCCCAUCCCGACCUCCGCGCCCAAAACCGCCCACAUCCUCAACUGCCUCGUGCAAAACGAACCGGGUGUCCUCUCGCGUGUCUCAGGAAUUCUCGCAGCCCGAGGCUUCAACAUCGAUUCCCUCGUCGUCUGCUCCACCGAAGUCGCAGACCUCUCGCGCAUGACCAUCGUGCUGCAGGGACAGGAUGGCGUCGUAGAGCAGGCGAGACGGCAGUUGGAGGAUCUGGUACCGGUGUGGGCUGUUUUGGAUUACACGCAGGCUCCGUUGGUGCAGAGAGAGUUGCUGCUUGCGAAGAUCAGCAUUCUUGGGCCUGAAUACUUCGAAGAGCUCCUCGCACAUCACAGGGAGAUGACGGGCGAUAUGGAUCCACCAGUACUGCAAGAUACCGAGGGAGAGCCUUCAGCUGCAGACGAGACGGCACUCCGAGCAGAGGCUGGCGCGGAUGUGGAUUUCCAUCCAAGGAAUCUGGCCCCCUCUGAAGCUCUGCGAUUGAAGCACCAGCAUCUCGAGACGAUCACGUAUCUGACCCAUCAGUUCGGUGGCAAGGUGUUGGACAUUAGCACGAACAACUGCAUCGUGGAGUUGAGCGCGAAGCCCACGAGGAUUGACAGUUUUAUGAAACUGAUCAGUCCAUUCGGUAUUCUCGAGUCGGCACGAACAGGUCUCAUGGCCCUCCCCCGAUCACCGCUGUCAGGCGAAGAAUCAGAGGCGACCAAGGAGGUCGAAGAUGUCCUGGACGCCGCCGCAUUGCCACCGUCAUAG